UCUGUGCAGUUGAAAUAAAUAAACACAGAGGCACUAGCAAAACAAGAACUAUACCCUAUGAAUUGAUUACUCCAAGUGACAAAUAAUAAUAAGAAAAAAAACUAAUUCCAAUUAUGAUUUUCAUUUUACAUUGAGAAUUCGAGUGAAAUUUCAUAAGAUUAAUACAAAAAACUUAUGAAAAAUGGGAAUUCGAGGACUGGCAACGUACAUGGCCCAAAGAUCAGACUGGCAUUUAAAACCAUUUGAACUUCAUGAUACCUACAUUGUCAUCGAUGGCAAUGCUCUUGUCUCCCAAUUAUACAUUCGAUGUGCAAAAUGCAAUUGUUCUUUCGGAGGUGAUUACGAUAAGUUUGCACGAACAAUUUGUGAUUUUUUCGACAGUCUUGAAAAAUGCAACAUAACCCCAUUAGUUCUCAUUGAUGGCGGUUGCGAGGAAAAGAAAAUCCUGACAGUUCGUCAACGAAUUAGGGAUAAGGUAGGAUCGGCUUUCGGUUACAACCCAACAACUCAAAGGGAAUACAAAUUUUUUCCGCUUCUAAUGAAGGAAGUUUUCAAGGAAGUAAUGUCGAAGAAAGGCGUGAAAUACGUUCAAACUCUUUUUGAGGCCGACGAUGAGAUAGCAUCGGUGGCACGAAUUUUAAAUUGUCCGGUGUUGAGUUUCGAUUCUGAUUUUUAUAUUUACGACGUGAUGUAUAUUCCAUUCAAUACUCUGGAUCCAUUCUUAAUUCAAAAUCGCCGAGGAACUGGUUACGUGAAACGCUGCAAAAUCUACAGAGUGGAUUCUCUCCGGAGACAAUUUCCUGGCCUUGAGCGUCUACAUCUUCCUCUCGCUUCAACUUUACUUGGCAACGAUUACGUGAAUUGUCGAACAUUCAAGGGAUUUUUCGAUCACCUGCGACUACCGAAAAUAACGAAAUUGCGCUACAACGAUCAGCAACGACGAAUCGAAGCGACACUGCUCUGGCUGAGUAAGCACACUGUUCACAAUGCUAUCGCUCAAAUUCUCGCACGACUCCCAGUCGAAAAGCGGCCAAAAAUUUUAGAAAUCAUUGAAAUGAUUGUUAACGUUUACACGACAUCGAAUCCACAGAUACUUAUUUCCCUGGGUUUCUCAGUGGAAUAUGUUGCGGAAAUGGAGGGAAAAUUCAAAAAAGAACCUUUCAAGUAUCAAGGUGAUAUUAAAAAUCUUCGUCCUGAGGAAGAUUCGGACGAUGGCGAGAAAUUGGAAAACGAUAUCGUCGAUCCAGAUGACGAAGAAACUGUAGAAGACGAUCCGGAAUUCCGUUACAAUCCAAACAUAAAAAAAGUCGCUCCUGAUUGGUUUAUUCAAGAAUUCCAAAUGGGAAAUUAUGCUUCCUACUUUAUUGACAUACUGACAAGAAGAUUUUAUGUUUGCCCACCGCAAAUAGAAGAUUACUCCUAUCCAGCGGCAAUAAAAAUUUGUACAAAAAUAAUAAGCCUCAUUUAUAGUUUAUUGACAAAGAAUCUUCAAGGUCCCGAUACACUGUCCUAUCUCUGUCGAGGUGCUGGAAAAAAUGUAAUUGUCAAUAAAUUGGAAGCCAAAAGUGAUAUUCUCGGCAGCCAAUUGCCAAGUCUCUUUAAUUUACGCAAACUUCCAAUUGUCAUUCGUAAGCGAAUGUUUGACGAAACACUUGGCAUUCCCGAGUGUGCCCUCGCCACAAUUCCCACUGAAUGGCAACUUUAUGUGGCGACUGUUAUUUUUUGGAUGUCACAACAGGAGAAACCAUCGGGAACAAAUUGUCAUUUGUAUUCAUUACUCUAUGCAAUGCUUUUUGGUGUGAUUGACAGUAAAAUUGGUUUUCAUCGUUCCGAGCAAUAUUUUCAUCAACAAUUCGAUCAACAGAUACAAAUGAUUUUUUACAAUAGAGAAAAUCAUCAAUCGCACGUUCAAUUAGACGAGAAUUUAACGGUUUAUGAAGCGUAUUGUCAAGUUAUGCCCGAUGAUUGUUUAUUGGCUGCGCCAUUUUUUUUGAAUAAUUUCGAAAUCAAUCAACAUCUAUUGCUGAAUGCGAAGAAAUUUAAUGUAUCGAUUGUCCACGCAUUUGCACAGUUUCAAAUUUCUCUCAGGCACAGUUUACAUCUUAAUGCACUUUUGGGUUAUCCUUAUCAGCAAACGAGAAUUUCUGAGAUGUUUAACGGUACGUUGGUUUAUAAUUUGUACACGAAUUUCAAAGGAAGAAAUGACAUUGACGCUUAUGUUUUACAUCAAUUGCAAAAUUCACCAACUUUAUUGAGGCUAUUUAAUCGACUUUUAAGUCAUAUUAAAGGACUUUUGAAUCAGGAUGCGUUAGAUAAUAAAGUGAAUAGUGCGCGUAGACGAAGAAAGCGUAAUAAAGGUAAAAAUGGCGUGGAAAAUACACAAGUAAUAGAACCUGAAGAUACAACUUCAUUUCACGAUGUAAAUAAUCGAUACUCAUUGUUGAGAGGUCAUCAAAUGUAAUUUAUUGUUGAUAUUUCAUUAUUUUAUUUAUAUUAUACUUUAUAAACUUGUUGUUCAAAAUGCA